AUGUAUGUAUGGCCGUGUGCUCCUGUCUUGGCUCAGUAUUUAUACUAUCACAGACACUUUAUUAAAGGAAAAACUAUAUUGGAGCUAGGUACUGGUACAGCUCUUCCAAGUGUAGUAGCCGCCAAAUGUGGAGCUCAUAUUAUCUUGUCUGAUGUGGCACAUCUUAUAAAUGCCACUACAAGUUGCACAUUAAAUGGUAUUACUGAUUUCCAGGUUGCCAAUAUUACAUGGGGACAGUUCUCACCUGCAGUACUGCAACUACCUAAACUAGACAUCGUCAUGGCAUCAGACUGCUUCUAUUCUCUUAAAGAUUUUGAAGAUAUUUUGGUGACUGUGAAUUUCUUGCUGCAAGAUAAGUCAGCAGCUGUGUUUUGGUGCACUUACCAAGAAAGGGAUUCUGAUUGGUCAAUAGAACAUUUAUUGAAUAAGUGGCAUCUACAGUGUACACAUAUACCACUGUCAUCAUUUCAGGCAGAUUCCCCAUCUGUAGCAUCAUCUGGUCUCCCUGGUAACCACACAAUCUGGAUGUUGCAGAUAACCACCAAGAAAUGAACAUUUGAUGACUGAUGCAGGUGUCUGCUGCCCUCUAUGGUUCAUAAUGAAAACUGCUGAAUGUAGAGGAGAUUUGUAAUAUCCUGUGACCUAGUACGUCACAUGUCUGACUCAUGUGACUUGGUAUGUCACGUGACUGUUAAAUAAAUCAUGAUAUAUUUAAUAUUCUACAUGUAUUCACUAGCACAAUGGAUUAUUUUUACUCCAUGCACAAAGCUAUUUAUAUGUGUCUAGCGUACAGUCUACAUGUAAAAGCCUUUGAAAUGAACAAACAUACAUAGUUGAAUUCAACAUGUAGAGCAAUAUAUAUAAUCUGAUAUUUAAUGUACAGUUUAAUUCAAUAAAUAAAUGAAACAACCAUCAUUUGGGUUUCUUUACAGUUCAUUCUCAAUAGAUAAAAUAGAUACGGUUUAUGACAGUAUUCUCUUCAUUUCAGCCUACGUCUCCAAUAAUGAAAAUGUGAUU